UGACACAAGGAUGACUCAUUUUCCGCCAGCGAUUCGUUUUCCCCAAAACUCAGAAGUGACUGUUGAGGGCAAACACCCACCAGGCACAAAAGUCGGGUGUCUAGAAAUCGACAGGCCUUUAGCUGUAAGUCAAAUAGAGUGAUCACAGUGUCAACGGAUGAACGUCACAAAAGCUCUUUAAGUGAACUCCACCUUUGCGUUGAGUCACCAUUCAUGAGAGAAUCUUCGACCCAACAUGGCUUCAAUCAAGUUGACGUUGGUGGCUUUGCUGGCCAUCACACUCUUAAUGUCAGUCAGUCCUGACUCCUCGUCCUCCUCCUCGUCUUCCUCAGAAGAGGAAUCAGAUGAUGAACGUGAGGAUGAAUGUGGAUCAGAAAACGAAGGAACUGAAAGAGGAGAAAAUGAAGAAGAAUCUGAGGGAGGAGAAAACGAAGAUGGGUCCGAAGGAGGAGAAAAUGAAAAAGAAUCAAAUGGAGGAGAAAACGAAGAAACUGAAGGAGGAAAAAAUGAAACAGAAUCCAAUGGAGGAGAAACUGAAGGAACUGAAGGAGGAAAAAAUGAAACAGAAUCAAAUGGAGGAGAAAAUGAAGGAAGUGAAGGAGGAGAAAAUGAAAAAGAAUCAAAUGGAGGAGAAAACGAAGGAACUGAAGGAGGAGAAAAUGAAAAAGAAUCAAAUGGAGGAGAAAACGGAGAAAUUGAAGAAGGAGGAAAUGGAGGGACUGAGAAUGAAAACGAAGAGAGUUAUGACAAUGCCUGUCAAAAUAACACCUGCCUCACUGCAGUCAUCUGUGACGGUCAGACGGACACGAUCAAUUGUACUGCCCCUCAAAUGAUCGAAGUACAUGUGGCCACUUACGGGCGUCAGGGGAAAACGUUUUGCUGGUCGGCGGAAAUGGAGGACACCAAUCAGAAUUUGAACUGCACCACCGACAUUACUAGUCUUGUGGCUAAUAGAUGUGAAGAGAGGUCUGUGUGUGACAUCCCGUAUUUCAACGGCACUCUGCCUAUAGACCCUUGCCAAGGCACAGACAAGUACAUAUGGAUUGGAUACCAGUGUGUCUGACAGAAUCAAGUUCAAUCACUUGGGCGGAUCCAAGAUGAAAACUUUUCAUUUUAUCUAAAAAAAAAAAAAAAAAAAAAAAAACGUACCCAGUAAAGUUAGCAAAAACUAACAAAACAAAACAUUACCUCAAUUUUGGUUUUGGUCGGUUAAAGUUGGGACAUAAGUCAAUAGUGGUCAUAACGUGUUUUAAUAAUUUGAAGGGAAUUAUGUACACAUUUAAAAAUUGACAAAA